AGGUGAAGGUAAAGGUGAGGCGAGAAACUCAUUUGCAGAAAUACCAUCCAGCCAGCCAGCCAGCCAAGGUGUCUCUCUCUCUCUCACACACACAUACGCACUCUCUUUCCGCCCUAAAUCCAUCAAUCAUUCAUUCAGAGAUUUUAUCUGUGGUUCCUUUACGGAUGAUGAUUGACGGUAAUUGGUAAGGAAAGGUUGAUCGGAUUUCGUCUUUUUAGAUUUCUUGCUUGUACCCUUAAAGCCCCUUGUUCUGAAUUUUAGGGAAUUCCUAUGUGUGGUAUGGGGGUACUAGCGUCUGAUUUUUGAUAUAUAUUCAAGAUGCGAUUUCUCUCUUCAGGUGAUCCAUGUCUUGUUUUCCAGAUAUUAACCUAGAUCGUCCCAUCAACAAACAGUAAGAAUCGAUUUUUCUGGAUCUCUUUGGUUUGGGAUUUUUCUGGUGUUGUUUCGUUACUUUGAUGGCAUCGGGAUUAAAUCAAGAUUAAGUUUUUUUUUUUUUAUCUCUUCUCUGGGAUUGUGAAUUAGAGAAACGAUUGAGGUUUUUGUGGUCUAGGAAACCUGCUUAAGGUUGAGAAAUUUAAGAGAUGCAUCCUGCUGCUGCUGCUGCUGCUGCUGCUGCUGCUUCAAGGGUUUGAUUUGUUUUGAUUUUUUUCAAGUUGUGAUAUUGGAACAGAGGUGGUUGUGGUGGAGAAUGGAUAAAAAGAAAGUUGUGGGAGAUGAAGAUGCCUUGUUUUUGUUAGGGAAUCAUACAAACCAUGAAGCUGUGGCUCAACCUGCUGAUGAGAUGGAAACUGAUGAGACUAGAAUAGAUAAUCCAAAUAAUGAAGUUGUAAUAUGUAGGACCGAAGAUCGUGAUGAAAAUGUUGUGUUCUCAAGGGAGGCACCACUUGUAAGUAAAGACCAUGGAAAACCCGCAGGCAGUUGUAACCGUACUGAUGCAAGUAAACUCAAAUCCAGCUUGAUCACUACGGAUUCCGGAGUUUUAAAGUUUGGGAAAUGUGCACAAGAAAAGAAGCUUAGUAGACAAGAUAGGAUUGAGCUCGGCCGUUUGUUUCAGGGUGCAGUGAGUUCCCAUGAUUGGGAACUUGCAGAGAGUUUGAUAUCUUUAGCCGAUCCACAGACGCUUAAUGAUGCGCUGUGCAUAUCGUUGGAUUCCAUUUGGUUUUUGAGCACCCAUAUGGAGCUUGAUGGGAUUACUGGGUUGAUUAAAACCAUAAUCUCCAAUGGUGCUUCCGACUUCACAAGAGCGGCUCUUAGGACUUCGUUCUUAGCUUCCUGUGUCUCAGCCUGCCAAAGCCGAACAAUGAGCCUUGCAGACACCGUAACUGUUAUGGCACGGCGCUUGCAUGAGCGGCUGCAGGAGUGUAAUGGGGAUGAGGUUUUGAAAGCUGAAGCUGGUGCUAAGGUCCAGAAAUUCACUGAAUGGGCUUUGAAAUGUAUAGGGUUUCAUUCUCGUUGCCAAGGGAACAGAGAUAGGGUGAAUCAGAACUCUGCUGUUCAGGUCCAAUUACAGUUGUCAGCCUUCAAGACUUUCUUGGAUCUUGCUGGCAAUCAUCUAACUGGAAAGGACUUUACAGAGGCAUUUGAUGCAGCUUGCUUCCCUCUUACUCUCUUCUCUAGUUCAUUUGAUCCUGGUUGGGCAUCAGGUAUGUCAGCAACUGCGGUACAAGGGUUGCUGGCCAUGUUAGUUGAAGGGGGUGCAGAUAAUGUAAACCAAUGCUUUCUUGAGGCCUCACGGUUUGGAAGCACAGAACUAGUUCGCAUCUUAUUGCAGAUUGCUCAAAGAAACAGCUUGGAUGUUGAUGUUGACCUAGCGUUGGGCUUUGCCUCACACUACGGAAAGAUUGGUACGAUGGAAUGUCUAGUCGAAGAGGGAAAUGCGAUGGCUUUUUUGGGCCCGUUGAUGAGAGCAGCGGAAAGGGGUUGCAUGCAGGUUGUCCAGUGGUUCGUGAAAAGAGGCUGUCGCGACAUGGAACUAUGUCUCGCCCUAACCGCCGCCACAUCAAGCAGCCAGGUGGACAUUGCCGCCUAUCUCCUCCCCCACGUCCCUCAGCACGUCCUAGCGGCUCUCAGCAUUGAAAUCCUCAAAGCCGCCGGGGAAAGAAGUGGUGGGUCCCUUGAUGGCGUCGCCUUUCUCCUCCAAUCCAAUUUCUUGGGUGAUCCAGUUGCCACGUAUGCAGUCGCUGACAGCAUUUCCAGGUCGGAUGAUGAUUCCGUGGCUCCUGAGCUGCGGGAUUUUCUUCAAGAACAGUGGUCGGAGGCGGCUUUCUUGGACGGAUUGAAGCAAGGUGAAGUCCAUUACUUUAACGUCGUUAGUAUCUUGAAAUGGGGCGGGUCGCCCAUAUGUUUGAUGGAUCUGCCGGGCCCAUUGAGGGUUGCGAUAGCGUACCUGCCGCUGUACAGGGAGUGUGUGAAGGCGGGCGGAUGUUUGUUGUCCCAACAGAUGAGGGGGCAGUUGGUUGAGGCGGCGAAACGGUUGGGAGGGGUGGCAUUGGAGGAGGCAAGCCAGGGUGAAGAGCUGCUGGCUGUUUUAGAGCAACAUCUACCUCCAUUUUUGGUGCAUGGAUGAUGAAAUGUGUUGUUUUUUAAGAAGAAGAAGAAGAAGAAGAAAUUUUGGAUGUUUGUGGGUCCAUCUGUUGAAUCUAUGUCAAAUGAUCAUGUAGAAGUGAUAUGACAAUAGAGAUUUAUGGCAUACUCCCAUCUCAAGAUAAUGCUUGCCCUUGUUCAAAACAAAA